CUUAACGGGACUAAUUGAACGUUCUGGCGAAGAGAUUGUUAUUGGCCAAUAGAUAGAAGAGGAGGUUAAGGUGUGGAUCAAAUUUUGCAGAUAUUUUUCAAAACUGAUAACAGCAUACUAAUACUAACAAAGACAAGACACUUUCUAAAAGUAUGGAUGAAUUACAUAGAGCCCAAAAAGCAAAGGAGGAAAUUGGCAAACCUUCUGUCUUCUCUAAGAUAAUUAAAAAGGAGCUUCCAGCUGAUAUUCUUUUUGAAGACGAUCAGUGUAUUGCGUUUCAUGAUAUCAACCCUCAGGCUCCUAGUCAUUUUUUAGUUGUUUCCAAGAAACCAAUUCCAAUGCUGGAUGAUGUUCAGGAAGAAGACACCAAGGUACUUGACUUUAGGUCACAUGUUGAUAAUUGCAAAGAAUUUAGCAGCUCAAGAAAAAUUGGUAAAUGGUUACAGAAUAGUGAUCAACAAUGGGGAACAAGGCUGCCAGUCAGUAUACCAUCUUCACAUUCAUGUAGUUGGUGGACGACAGAUGGAAUGGCCACCAGGUUAAUCCGUUCAGUAACUUUUGUGUUUGCUUUACUCAGUCAGAUCUCUGUAACUGUGAGAUGAAGAUAAAUGCAAAGUUUUUUUCUGUUUCAUUAUAUGCUACGUGUAGUAAUUAAUACAUACUAUAGAAUAACUUGUGAUCUUGUAGUUAAGUAGAAUUUUGAGGUAUUUAUUAAAAUGUACAACUUGAUAGUUCAGCACUCAGUGAUAUAAUGUAUGCCAGCAGCUUUCAAUAUACUUUCAUUUUUAGGCUUUUGGUAACAAUUAUAGUAAAUUUAUAAUUUUGCUUUGUAACUCUUGUUAAAAUAUAUUUUUGUUUACAUUUUUAUUUACUGUUAUAAGUGACAGUAUGUUAGCACAAUUAUUUGUAAAUAUUAAUUAAUCUCUGGUCACAUAGUUACUGUUCAACAGCUGUGAUUUACAGUGUUUACUCAGAUGUCUGUCAUAUUUCUGUUAUUUGGUACAGCUUUCUUUCACUUUUUAACUAAAUAUAUAUGCAAAUUUUUGUUCAUUUUUGAUAAACAUUUUGCUUAAAUUAUUUUCCUGAUUGUGUCCAAUAUUUAGUUUAUUUUGUGAUUUUUAUUCCUACAUCUUAUUCAACUUAUACAGUAAUUAUUUCAUUCUAUAAUUUUUCUUCACUAAUUUAAUAAAAUGAUUAACAGUGUAUUGCAUGCAUGUAGUUUGUUUUCUGAAAUUUGAUUUGUGGAUUAAAUUUGUCAGUGCUCUACUAGUAUUCAUAAUAAAUGUUGAUAUGAAGUAUAUAGUACUUUUGUUUUUGCUAAGCCUUGUGUAUAUGUAAAUUUAAUAUAUAAUCAAAUCUCUAAGACACAUUACUGUUUGUGCAGCAAGUUUUUACACUAUUUGUUUUGCAUAAACAAUAAGUAGGCUUUAUUAUUGAUAAAUAAACAAAAAAUUAUGUAUCUAGUUAAUGAAAUUAAAUUCAUUUAUAUUCAUAUGUAUUAUAUAUGUUAGUUUAUUUAUACUUGGCCAUUAUACAUUGGCAGAUGUUUUUUUUUCAUGGUUUUUGUUCCAAUAAAUAUAUUCUGCACAUAGAA